CGCCCUCAGUAAUCAGUCACUUCUUCUGACGAGACGGAGAUCAGGCGAGAAAAUGAAGACCAGUGUAGCUGUGAUGAGGAGCCUGGCCGCCGUAGCAAUCGUCGCUUUUACCAUCUGGACCUCAGCAGAUGCUGAGAAAGUCAGUCCCUGCUGUGUCUCUAUCUCGAGGUCCAGGGUGGUGGAACCCCUCAAAUCUUUCAGGUUACAGAAGAGCAGCCCUCCAUGUGUCAAAGCUGUCAUCUUCGAGACAGAAAGGGGACAUUUCUGCAUCGAUCCGAGACAGCCUUGGGUGCGGAAGAAGAUUGAAGAGUUUGUAAGACAACAGAAGACGACAGUGUCUCCAACCUCCGUGUCACCUCGUCUGACUUUCUCAGUGCCACAGAGCUCAACCGAGAGCAGUUAAAGUCUCAGAAGAAGGACCAGCCAAACACCAACCACCACUGCUCCACG